UCGCCAACCGUGCGUGCUUCCGCCUUGUCGUGGAUGGUCUUCCGCCUUCUCGGCUUCACUGCUUCGAUCAACAAGAGCUCACAUCUGGCAGUCCAUCGGAACGACCUGCGCCCUCGCCUCACUGGCGAGCCCGCCAGCGGCAUGGCUCAACCUCCAGACGUGAGCAUUGCCCGUGCAGUCUUCACCGCCGCCAUGAUGAAGGGUGAAGGCGACAUGGCUGCCGUUUCGCGCGACGAUGUCACCGUCUUCGCCAAAACCCUCCUCAAGACCUGCAACAUCUGCACCAACGACAACAUGAAGCUGCUCCAGUCUUUCAUCAAAAAGUUCAUUCAGCCCUCACCCACCCGCACUGCGGCCCUGGUGAAGUAUGUCUUGACCCUCAGCAAAUCCUUCAUUCCCCGCGAUCUCAGCAAGCGCGUGGAUACCACCAAGCCAAAGGACGACAACGAGGGGUUGGGCAAAAUCCUCAAAGGCAAGGUGCAGCAGCCCCCUCAGCCGGCGUACAAACGCCUCCAUCUGCUCUACAUCGUGCACAACGCUCUAGGCCAUGCCUACCUUCAUAGUGAAUCGAACUAUCCGUCUUUUUCGAAGCUCCAACAGGCCGCGGCGACUCUCGCGGAGCUGGCCGCUUGUGCAGACACCGGCCGCACGUCCAAGACCCAUUCCAGCGUCUCUGACGUCGUCUCUCAUUGGGCUCAAGGCUUCUGCACCAAAGAGGAAGUGGAACAGAUCCGAAACGACGUGAAACUUGCAGCGGGCUCCACCUGGGAAGAGCUUCUUGAGAAGCUGGAAGCGGCUGCGUUGGCGCCUGAGAAUGCGACUCCUUCCUGGAUCCUGCCAGAGCGGCAUGGGGUGAUCAACUAUCCAAGUGCACCAUGGCAUCAACUCCCGGCUGCCAACGGUCUUUACCUGGCGCGCACGCGAGGCCAUCCACUGCAGGCGAGGGCGUUACCUCCGGGCGGCUUCAAGCUUCGCAACGGAGGGAAAGAAGCGGAUGCGGAACUGAAGAAAGAUGUCGAGGCCCUCUACACAGAAAUGGUCCGCUGCCGCAACAAAUACACCGACGCCGCAGAAGUGCAAGACGUCGACGCAGCAGGCAACAUCAUCUGGAAAGACCCGGAGCGUCCGACGCGCAACUACUGGGGCUUCGCACUGGACCGGAUCGACAAGCACAAAGAUCUAAAGCGCAAGUUCUCCGAGUCUACAACGGGAUACCGUGAUCUGGGGCCGGUGAAGAUGAUGCGUCUCUCUCGUCCACGUCAGCAGCAGAUGGACCGUGGCGGAGGGUGGAACCAAGGCAGAGGAGCGGAUCGUGGCAGGGGAUGGGACCGUGGCAGAGGCUGGGACCAUGGCAGAGACUGGGAUCGUAGCCGACCGCGCGAUCGUAGCCGGGACCGUCCUCGCAGCAGAGACCGCCACUAUGGCCGCGGUGGGCAGCAUCGCGCCUAUGGUGGACAGGAUCGUGGGCGUGGUGGGCAGGGCCGGGGCCACUGGCACGGUGGAAGGGGGUAUUGAGAGAGGCCAGAAGGGCCCAGAUGAUGACUUAGCAGGUCGUAGUAUGCAAUACGAUAGCUAUCGUUGACAUGUCCCAUCUCUUUCCCAUCGCUAAAGACGGGACCAUCGAUAGAACGACUGGCUUCAUCCUCGGCUUACGAUGUUUACGGGAGAUGUGGCGAACAGGCGAUCACGGUGCAAGAAAGAUCAACGUAGAAAGUUCAAAUUGGGGCGCCCCAAGCGGUCCAUC